AUGGCGCAGGAGUCGAGAGGGAAACCACCGGUCGACUGGUCUCUGUACCUGGUGACGGACUCCACGCCUGCAAUUCUCGGCGGCAAGGACAUUGUCCAGGUGGUCGACCAAGCUAUCCAGGGCGGUGUCACCCUGGUCCAGUAUCGCGACAAACAUGCGGACACUGGUGUGAUGGUUGAUAUUGCCUCCAAAUUGCAUGCUGUCACCCGGAAAUACAACGUCCCUCUACUGAUCAAUGACCGACUUGAUGUCUGCCAGGCGGUGGGCGCUGAAGGCGUCCACAUAGGGCAGGAUGACAUGGGUUGCAUUGAAGCCCGGAAGAUCCUAGGCCCGGAUGCCAUCAUAGGGGUAACAGCCUCGUCGGUCGAGGAAGCCCAGAAAGCGAUUGAAGACGGCGCAGAUUAUCUCGGUAUUGGGACCACCUUUGCAACCCCGACAAAGACAGACACCAAAUCCAUCAUCGGCACUCGAGGUCUUCAAGAAAUUCUGGCUGCUUGUUCCACCGGCACGGAGAAGUCUGUUCCAUGUGUGGCAAUUGGCAGCAUCAACGCAUCGAAUGUCCAGCGUGUCCUACACCAGUCUGCCCACGGCUCCAACCGCCUGAACGGUGUCGCUGUGGUCAGUGCCAUCAUGGCAUCAACGGAUCCUCGAAGCUCUGCCAGAUCGCUACUCGACUUGAUCAAGACUGCUCCUCAGAAGUACUACGCUUCGGUGGCGCCCAACACAGCGUUCGUCACUGAGCUCGCGAGCCAGGUCGCGCAAGUGACUAGCAUCAUAAAAUCACAUGUGACCUCCUCUGUCCUCUGCCACAAUAUGACGAACACCGUUGUCCAGAAUUUUGCAGCCAACGUCUGCCUGGCUACCGGUUCCUCGCCCAUCAUGUCCGAGAACGGCCCUGAAGCACCAGAUCUAGCUCGACUAGGCGGCGCUCUCGUCAUAAACAUGGGCACGGCAACCCCCGAGAAGUUGAACGCCUUUACUGCAGGGAUGAGGGCAUACAAUGCCGUCGGAGCGCCUGUUAUCUUUGACCCUGUCGGUGGCGGUGCAACUGCUAUUCGUCGGAAUGCCGUCAAGACACUCCUCACCGCCGGCUUUUUCAGUGUCAUCAAGGGCAACGAGGGUGAAAUCGGCGCCGUAGCUGGUACGUCUACGACGCAGCAAAGAGGCGUGGAUUCCGGGCCGUCAGUUUCUACGGCAGAAGAGAAGGCCAACCUCGUCAAGGCCAUCGCUCUGCGGGAACAUUGCGUCGUGCUCAUGACUGGCAAGACAGACUAUCUCUCGGACGGCGCGCGCACUGUUGCCAUCGAGAAUGGCUCGCAUUGGCUCGGCAAGAUCACCGGCUCCGGUUGUGCCCUAGGUUCCGUCAUUGCAAGUUACGUCGCGGUGCAUCGGCAAGACAAGUUUUUGGCAGCGUUGGCCGGGAUUCUGCAUUACGAAAUUGCCGCGGAAAGGGCAGAGGCUAGACAGGACUGUAGGGGCCCAGGAAGCUUCAUCCCAGCCUUCUUGGAUGAACUGUACCUUCUGGGGGAAGAGGUCAAACAAGGUCGAGGAAUUGGUGCCAACGGUGAGUUUGCGAAACAUGCUAAGCUCCAUGUGAUUGCCUAG